AUCGCUCGCGCUCAAGGAAGGUCACUCCAACCUGCGGUUGAAGCUGCGGAACAGCGAAACAUUUUGUACCCGACCUGACGGCGUUUUCCUCGGAGUAGUUUGACAGUGUACACCGGCGCCAAAAUGUCUAAGCCGUACGUAAGGAUGUCUUCUGUUGCCCUGGAAAAGCUGAGGAUGACGGGGGCUGGGAGAGCCAUUGCCGUGCUGACAAGUGGUGGCGAUGCCCAAGGGAUGAAUGCCGCAGUUCGUGCUGUGACCAGAAUGGGUAUAUUUGUCGGUGCCAAAGUCUACCUGGUUCACGAGGGCUACCAGGGCCUGGUGGAUGGGGGAGAAAACAUCAAACUGGCUCACUGGCACAGUGUAACCAACAUCAUCCAACUGGGUGGCACGGUGAUCGGCAGUGCCCGCUGCAAGGCGUUUACCACGCGCGAUGGGCGUCUGGCAGCGGCGUUUAACCUGGUGAAGCGCGGCAUCACCAACCUGUGCGUGUGCGGCGGCGACGGCAGCCUGACAGGAGCCAACAUCUUCCGCAGCGAGUGGACCGGGCUGCUGGCCGAGCUGGUCGAGAAAGGCCGCAUCACAAAUGAGACGGCUAAGCAGUAUGACCACCUGAACAUCGUGGGGCUGGUGGGCUCUAUUGAUAACGACUUUUGUGGCACGGACAUGACGAUCGGAGCCGACUCCGCCCUGCACAGGAUCAUGGAGAUAGUGGACGCCAUCACCACCACUGCAACCAGCCACCAGCGAGCCUUCGUACUGGAGGUCAUGGGGAGACACUGUGGGUACCUGGCCCUGGUGUCCGCGUUGGCCUCCGGAGCUGACUGGCUCUUCAUCCCUGAGGCUCCACCUGCCGAGGGCUGGGAGGACCGCAUGUGUGCCCGUCUGGAGCAUAGUCGCAGCAAGGGCUCCCGGUUGAACAUCAUCAUCAUUGCUGAGGGAGCCCUUCAGACCACUGGAGAGGCCAUCUCCUCCACCUAUGUCAAAGACUUGAUUGUGAAGAGGCUGGGCUAUGAUACCAGAGUGACUGUGCUGGGGCACGUCCAGAGGGGAGGCACACCUUCAGCCUUUGACAGAGUCUUAAGCAGUAAGCUGGGUGUGGAGGCGGUGGUGGCCCUGAUGGAGGCCACUCCAGACACCCCCGCCUGCGUCAUCGGCCUCUCGGGCAACCAGGCCACCAGGCUCCCCCUCAUGGAGUGCGUGGAAAUGACAAAGGAGGUCCAGAAGGCGAUGAAUGAGAAGCGUUUUAAUGAGACCAUCCAGCUGAGGGGCAAGAGUUUCGAGAACAACUGGAACAUUUACAAACUCCUGGCCACCCAGAAUCUAGCUAAGGAUAAGAGUAACUACUCCAUGGCGAUCCUGAAUGUGGGAGCCCCGGCAGCUGGCAUGAACGCUGCAGUGCGCUCGGCCGUCAGGGUGGCGUUGGCCCAGGGACACCGCGUCUACAUCGUCAACGACGGCUUCCACGGCCUGGCCAACGGACAGGUGUCUGAGGUGGAGUGGCAUGGUGUGGCUGGCUGGACGGGCCAGGGAGGCUCCAUACUGGGAACCAAGCGAACUCUGCCUAGCACCUGCAUGGAGGGACUGGUAGAGAACCUCAACAAGUACAACAUCCAGUCUCUGCUGGUCGUGGGGGGUUUUGAGGCGUAUGAGGGCAUCCUGGAGCUGUAUGAGGCGCGUGGUCACUAUGACGAGCUGUGCAUCCCCAUGUGCAUCAUCCCCGCCACCAUCAGCAACAACGUGCCCGGCACAGACUUCAGCCUGGGAGCCGAUACUGCCGUCAACGCUGCCAUGUCUAGCUGUGAUAAGAUCAAGCAGUCCGCCUCUGGCACCAAGAGGCGUGUGUUUGUAGUGGAGACCAUGGGGGGCUACUGCGGUUACCUAGCAACCACCACCGGCAUCGCCGUGGGCGCUGACGCCGCCUACAUCUUUGAGGAUCCUUUCAACAUCCACGACCUGAAGGUGGGCCAACACAAACACCUGCCCCACACACCACACUUCAGGAAUUGAGGUCAUAAUCAAUGCUGAGAUGGUUGCC